AUAUGGCCGAGAGAUAAGCCAGCGCUUAAAGUCCGCGUAGUGACUGCUGUUGGACUAUUGUUUGGAGCUAAGUUGUUGAAUGUGCAAGUUCCUUUUUUCUUCAAAUAUGCUGUGGAUAGUUAUAGCAAAUUGCCUGAUCUUGCUACAACAGAAGGAGCUUUAAUCACAGGAGCAACAGCUUUAUUGUUAGGAUAUGGAGCUGCCAGAAUUGGUGCUUCGUUAUUCAAUGAGCUACGGAAUGCUGUAUUUGCAAAGGUAGCACAGUCAUCAAUACGUCGUGUUGCAAGGAGGACAUUCUUGCAUCUUCAUUCGCUUGAUCUCAGCUACCAUGUAUCAAGACACACAGGAGCAAUGUCUAGAGCUGUUGAUAGAGGAACUAGAGGUAUCAAUUUUAUACUCUCUGCUCUUGUCUUCAAUGUAUUUCCUACUUUCUUCGAAGUUGGACUUGUUGCAGGAAUACUGACAUAUCGGUGUGGGCUCUCAUAUGGACUGUUAACAGUAGGGACUAUUGGAGUGUACACACUCUACACGUUAGCCAUGACACAAUGGAGGACCAAGUUUCGUGUUCGAAUGAACAAUGCUGACAAUGAAUCUGGAUCAAAAGCGAUUGAUUCUUUGAUUAACUAUGAAACUGUUAAGUUGUUUAACAAUGAAGCUUAUGAAGCAGAUGAAUAUGAUAAAGUCCUUGCCAGGUAUGAGGAUGCUUCAUUAAAGACGGUUACAUCGCUGUCUGCAUUGAAUUUUGGGCAGAAUGCUAUCUUUGGCGUGUCACUGACUGCUGUAAUGCUAAUGGCCAGUCAUGGAAUACAUCAG